AUGAAAGGUACUUUCAUUUACUAUGAAGGCAAAAGAAUUUGCAACUACGACAUUGACUGUGCCAAAGAGGGCAAAGGCUACACCGUUACAAGAGCGUAUAGAGGCGAAUCAUUUAUGUGUCUUAAGAUGCUGAAAAGCUCCCUGGAGAAGGUGGAAGGUGAAACUAGUGCUACGACGGGUAAGUACGGAAUUGACACUCCAGACUCGGGCACGGAGUUAGGCGGACGUCAAGUUGCUGCGGGCCAAAAACGACAUAGCAGGCUAAUCAAUAGCGUCCUGCGAAACGUUCAACAAAUGAAGGUGUCGCAUGCGAUUGACACAGAGAAUGCGGUUUACGCUUUGCUCAGUCGAACGACUUCACAGUCAGAUAACGAAAUAGGUAAAAUUAAGGCCGAUCACCCAACUGUUGAGACGAAUUUAUAA